AUGCUAGGGUUUGACGUUAUAGGGCUGGACCUGCAGGGGCACGGCCGCUCCGAGGGCUGGCGGCGGCGGCGCUGCGUUGUGCGGGCCCUCGAUGACUUUGCUGCUGAUCUGCUGCUGCUGCUGAAGCUAGUUAAGACAGAGUAUAGACACCAACAGCAGCAGCAGCAGCAGCAGCAGCAGGAGGUGGUGGUGCUGCUGCAGCAGAAAGAACAGAUACAUACACAGAUGCAGCAUACACUGGAUAUUGUCAAAGACAUGCAGCAGCAAGAACAAGAACAAAAGGAAAACUAUAUGCAGCAGCAGCAGCAGCAGCAGCAGCAGCAGCAGCAGCAAGAGCACAAGGACAUGCAGCAGCAAGAACAAGAACAAAAGGAAAACUAUAUGGAUAUUGUCAAAGACAUGCAGCAGCAAGAACAAGAACAAAAGGAAAACUAUAGAGGAAAAAAAAAAAUCCGCCUAUGUUUCUCGUCGGGCUAUCGCUUGGGGGGUGGGUGGCGUUGA